UCAUUAUGGCGUCCUUCCUUAGCCUGCCUUUGCCUUUUUCUUUGAAAGUUGAACGUGAACGAAGCGUAAAUUGACAAAGAGUAUGUAAUCACUAGAACGUUUUACAAAUUGUAAAAUCAGCUGGAACGCAUCGGUAAAUUAUUCGGAGUGAUUUUAAGGUCGCUUCAAAAAUGGCGAACUCGAACAAAUUACAAGAACUCGUGAAGCAUAUUGUGAACGGGACUUUUGAAGAUAAUAUUUGUGGGAUUUGUCUGCAGCCUUUGGAAGAUCUUUACCAGUAUAGUUGUACCAAGAUUUGUACUGAGGAUUCGUCAUAUUGUAUAGCAGAUGUUCUGGAUCAAGUUUGUAAUAUAAAGAUGUCAUCUACUGAUGAAUAUAAAAUAUGUGCCACCUGUUUCAUAGCUGCUACACAGGUGUACAAGUUCUACCUAACAUCAAGAAGAAGCCAACAAAUCAUAGAAUUUUAUGUAAAUCAAAUUAGCAAUCAACUAAUUUCCACUUCAGAUUUAACCUCUGACUCUCUGUGCAUAACUCUACCCAAUGUAUCACAUAAUGCAAUAAAUUGUGAUAUUGAUAUAAAUAAAUUUCCAUUUAAAAGAAUGCAAAAGAAAACUAACAUUAAUAAUUUCAUUGAAAAAACAAGUAAUGUGAUAAAAAUAGAACCCAAAGAAAUUAAUAUGGAAUUUGAUGACUUAGUUAUGAUAUUAAAUGAAAAUGGUGAACCAAAAUUUUAUAAGCCGCAAGAAAAUGGAACUUUGGCUCUUGUAGAUAGUGGGAAUGUGUGUAUAAAAGACUAUUUGAGUCAAAUACCAGAUUGCAAAGUUAACAAGUUAAACAUAUUACCAGAUUCCAAUGUUAACAAGACAAAUGUAUUACCGGAUUCCAAUGUUAACAAGACAAAAGUAUUACUGGAUUCCAAAGUAAAGUUUAGUCAGUUGUCGAAUUCCAAUAUUAAUAAGUUGUGUGUGUUACGGGAUUCUGAAGUUAAGAAGAAAAAAUGUCGGAAACGGAAUCCAAUGGAAUACAGACAGUGCAGCCAAUGUCCUGUGCGGUACAGGUUUGUGAGGAAACUGAAGGAACAUAUGAAGGAGGCACAUGGAAUUGACCUAUUUAUUUGCCAGGUAUGCCAAGCACUAACAGAAGAUGAAAUUGAAUAUAACAAUCACCUUCAAACCCAUUCAGGCUUACACACAUGCUCUAUAUGCAACAUGGUGUUUAAAAAACGGGAGACCAUCAUAUCCCAUUUGAAAUGGCACGAGGAGUUGCGGGUCUUGACUCAGUCUGAUGGUGCUCAUGUUUGUGAAGUAUGUGGACUGCUUUUUAGAGAUGGAGAGGAUUUGAAGGAGCACUAUGAGAAGAGGCACGUGAAGAGGUUCACAUGUUACUACUGUGGACGGAUGUAUAAAGGGCAGCUGAGCUUUGACUUGCACAUCAAGAAACAUGAAAUUAAUAAUGAUAUGAAACAAAAUCAAACCAAAAUAUCGAAGCCCGAACCGCCGAAGAAGAAAAAACGCAACUUCACUUGCGCCACGUGCGGACGAGACUUUGUGGACGAGCGAGCUCUGUUGUGGCACGAGAGACUACAUACCAACGAGAGGCCCUAUGCUUGUGAUGUGUGCGGGCGCGGCUUCGUGUCGCUCAACAGGAGGAACCAGCACGCGGUGUGCGCGCACACGGCGCCCGCGCGUCGCUGCCCGCUGUGCCCCGCGCUGUUCCAUCUACGCUCUAUGGUCAACACGCACAUCAAAAAGGUCCACCUAAAAGCCCAUAAGCGGCCAAACCGGGUCAGCAAACAUCUUAACGUAUUCUGGAAAACGGAACCCGUGCCGAUACAAGAGCUGAGCGUCUCCAUACAAAACGAAAUUCUCGAACUGCAAGCAGCGCAGACUGAAGCCAGACAGAUUCCCACAUGGAAAAGUCCAGACAUCCCAAAUGUUUACAAAUGACAUCCAGGAAAGAGGCCACAAUUUAGGAUAAUAUUAUAUUUAUUUUAUAAAAUACUAAUAUUGUAAUAAUAGGUAUAUUAUAUAAGUGAUAAAUAAGUAUUGUACAUCUUUUUACUUUUAAACGACAAAACCUAAUCAGUUUUGCUAUCCUGCCAAAUUGAUAUAAAAGAUAUGGAAUAAAGACGGUAUUUAUUAAUUUUAUUUUUCAUGUACCAAAAUUAUUAUUCAAAAGCGUAGGCUAUGCUCAAAAAUAAAGUGAAGUGUUAUAAUUGAAGACUGUCUAUUAAUU